UUUUUUUUUUUUUUUUUUUUUUUCACACACACCAAAUCACUACGGAUGUUCAAACACUCAAUCACUAUGGAUAUUCUAACACGCAAGUCAUAUGAUGUCAUUUAGUGAAGUCUUCAUAACACUAAACGUAGCCCCUCCUCCCCCAUCUCACAAAGCAUAGGUUUCAUCGUCAAUAUAAGUAUUUUAACUUUGUUGAGUUUUUUUUUUUUUUUUAAUAUAUCUAUUUUAACCUUUGUUCAUUACAAACCAAGAACUCAUUAUAAUUCCUUUGAUUUUGAAUCAAAUAUGAAUGAAUACAAUUUGGUUAUUUGAAUUAAAAAUUAACCGUUAUAAAAAUUUCUUUACGAGUUUCUGUAUUAAAAGCAAUAAAAUAGUUACCCCUAAUUUUCAAUGAGCUAUAACUAAAUUGGUAUCGGAGAGAAAGAGAAGAUUGUUUGAGGUUAUGAUGUUAAGUUCGAAUCCGAUCUCAAUCGAGUUUUAACGUACAUAACCUUUUGGCAGUGAGUUUUCCCUGAAACUGGUGAUGGUGGGUUUGGGCUAUCAAACACUGUCUGUGGCCACGAGCAUAUGGGGUUGCCUUUUGCAAUGGGUUACCUAGGCAGCCGGACCUUUUUUUUUUGAAUAACAAAUUUGAAUCACUGACGGACCACUAGAGUAUCAUCGUGCCACCAACUGAACCACGCUCCAAUAAUUGAAGGUAAUUAUUAUGUCCAUGAUUACCAAAUUUAAUACUAUAAAUUGAUGCUAACAUGUACACCAGCUAUUGUUUUCUUUUUUUGGUCGGUUUAAUGUGUAUUUUAAUGACGAAAAGUUAUAUAGAUACGCAACCGUUGUUUAAAAUUUAAAUUUCAAUCACCAAAUAAUAAAAAAAGAUAAUAUAAAACUUGAUUUCCAUCAUUUACGUUUUAAUAUCGUGGCAUAAACUAUCGAAGAUUUUAAUUUAUUUUAUUUUAUUCAUAUAAAAAUGUCACAUUGCGGAUAACUAUUGAAGAUAUUUCCAUAUACAUCCCUGUCAGUGGCAAAUCCGUAAGAAGUAAGAACCAUCGUCACGACACCUCUCGGUUAUAAAACCCCAUUCCACUCUCACACUUGAACAACAUCAUCAACCUUUCUUUCUGAUUUUGUUAAAUUUCUACGUAUUCAUAGAGAAGAUCGGAGCCGUUGAUCGGAAGCCUAUUUUUUUUCUCUUCGAAAGUUCGUUAUCCUGAGUUUCCAUUACUAAAUUAUUAAUUCACUUUAAUUUUAAUUUUAGUUCCGGUAUGUUGAUAAUUCAUUAUUGUUUGGACUGAAUUUUUAUGUGUGUUUAUAGUUGUGAAUUAGUAGUUGAAUGUUAAAAAAAUGUUGUGCUUGUGAAGCUGAAAGACUAGUAAUUAAUUUGGCAAUUCUGAUUUGAAUUUAGGGUUUGGUUUAACUUGACCUGUUCUGUUCUGUUAGAUUCUUAUAUUUUGUGCUACAUACAUGAUGAAUGAAUGCUGUGUGAAGUGUGAGCUAAACAAUUGUGUUGUGUUGGAGAUGAUAAACAAACAUCAUGAUAAAACUUUGAUUGGAUGCUGCUGUUUUGAUUAGGUCGCCUAAUAUGGUGUGAUAGUAUUAGGUUGCAACAAAGCUGGAUUAGAGUGUAUUUUUCUCACCAAAGUAAGGGUAGGAAGAUAAUAGGCGUGUGUUAUGUUUCGACGUGUCGAGUCAAUUUCAUAAGUGUUCCUUUGGACUUAAGACGGUCGCCGUCUGCUUCUGGCUCACUGUUUGUGUGAUCAGCCAAUGGUAAUUAGGCUUUUUCAGCCAAUGAUGAAUAAUUAAAACCGGAAAAGUGGUUAUGUCAAUGAACAAACUUCCCUUUACCCCUAACCGAAGCAAGCAAUUCUCGUCUCUUUCGAUUGUCCAGUUAGACUCGAGAGUCGUUAUGAUUCUUCAAGUAUCAGUGUGGAGGAACGGCAGUUGAGGUAGGAUUGCUCUUGAUGGGCAGGAAUAUGAACUAGAUAUGCACUUCACUGGUGCUUUCUUCACAUUCUUUAAUCUUGUUUUUCCGUUGAGGACGUACUUGAUUUUGUGAUCUAUUGGUUUUACCUUAUUAGGUUAUUCCACGUGUGGGUAUCGUAAUUAGGUGGAUCAUGUGGGCUUCUUCAAGAAUCAACAAACCAUGCACUGGAUACCUCCAUUUCUCUUGGAAGCGUGGAAUUCUCUCACUCGUGAACCGUAGUUAUAUUAGACUUACUUGUUUUGACUUUUGGUGAUGGCUCGUUGCAGCUUUUCAACAUUGGUUGGAUUAUGUUGUUGCUGAUUUCAACUCAUGUGCUGCUGUGUGAGAGAAAGCCACAUUCUCACUGGGUGGACCACUAGAUAUGUUUGCUAUAGAAUUUAGGAUUUUUUGCCUAACAUGUCCUUAAAUGCAGGUUCUUUUUGCUCUAGCGCUGUAGUAGUUGUUAGUUUGAUCCUAGUCUAAAUGGAGGAUCCAGUUAAUCUCGGUACAAAUUUGCACCUUCAAGGAAGCAACGCUGAAUCUACAACACAAGCAUUUGCUGUCACGGAGGAAUCAAAGUUAGAAGAAGAUCACCCUAUACAUGAAGACGAUGAGCCUGUUGUUGCAGAUACCGUGAACUCGGAAACUCUUGAUGAUGGAUCCCUUAAGUACGGAUGUUCACACUACCGUCGGCGGUGCAGAAUACGCGCCCCAUGUUGUGACGAGAUAUUCAACUGUCGUCAUUGUCAUAAUGAGGCAAAGAAUGACAUCAAUGUCGAUCAAAAAGAGAGGCAUACAAUCCCUCGCCAUGAAGUCCAACGGGUAGCUUACUUUCAAAAGUUAUUUGCGUUUUCGAAAAGCCUUCGUUUUUGUUGUUCACACGAAGCAUGUUUGAUGUUGCUUUGCUUUCAGGUUAUAUGCUCUCUUUGUGGCACAGAACAAGAGGUUCGGCAAAUGUGUGUGAACUGUGGCGUGUGCAUGGGCAAAUACUUUUGUGGAGUAUGCAAGCUUUUUGAUGAUGACAUAUCGAAGAGACAGUAUCACUGUGAUGGUUGCGGUAUUUGCAGAAUUGGUGGGCAGGAGAACUUUUUUCAUUGUGACAAAUGUCGAUGUUGCUAUGCCAAUGUUCUGAGGGACAGUCACCCAUGCGUUGAAGGAGCAAUGCACCACGAUUGUCCUGUAUGCUUCGAGUAUUUGUUUGAUUCGAUGGAUGACGUUACCGUCAUGCCUUGUGGACAUACCAUUCAUAAGAAGUGUUUUAAGGAAAUGCAGCAGCACUUGCAAUACGCAUGCCCGUUGUGCUUUAAGUCGGUCUGUGAUAUGUCAAAGGUUUGGGAGAAACUUGACAUGGAGAUUGCAGCUACCCCAAUGCCCGAUUUUUAUCAGAAUAAAUCGAUAUGGAUUCUGUGCAACGACUGUGGAGCGAAUUCUGAAGUUCCGUUCCAUAUUGUGGGUCAUAAGUGUCCAAAGUGCAAGUCUUACAACACUCGUCAAACUCGUGGCUGAGCUUGGGUGGCGUUUUGUGCUUUCUGGUUUUGGUUUGAACUAUGGGAUCAAUCUGAUGAGUUCUUGUGGCUAGCGAGAUUUUGUUAUGGACUUUUCGCUCAUUAGAGGCAUUGUACAACCUGCGAAUCUCGUGUUCCAGUGUUGUGUAGGAAACUUGAUCUGUAAUCGUAGAUGUAUCAUGCUUUACUAUUUUCUGGAUUACAACAUCAACACUUUGAGGACCUUCCUCUUAGUAAGCUUGAAUUACAAUAUCGGGUAACCCUGUCAUAUAUUUAAUCCCGCCCAGAUAUGUUUGCAAAUGAGAUAAUUGUCUUUUCAA